AUAUAAAAAAAAAAAAAAAAGGAAGUGGAAAUGUGCAAUAAUGUAAUUUCGUGGGGCAAAACACGUCAACAUGUUCAUCUCCCGCGGUUGAACACUUCAACUAUUUGCAAAAAAUCCAGACGAAUAGUCCAAAACACCCUUCCAUUCACCGCCCAAUUUUAACAAUAUAUAUUUCCCUUAAGAAGGCAAAAUACAAAAAAAAAAAAACUUGCCUUGGUGCCCCCACAAAAGAACCGCUAUAGCUUCAACAAAAAUGAGCAAACAAUUCACAGUGCCACCGGUGGUUUUUCCGUCAGGCGGUGGUGUCAACCCCAACGUCGGCAACAUCAACCAACGCCGUGUCCCAACGGCUCCUUUCCAGCCUUCUUCCUCCGCCAUACCCUUCAUGGCCUUCGAUAUGGGGUCGGUUCCAUCAUCAUCCGGAUCCUUGGGCGGCACAAUCUCCACGUCAGCCGUAUCCUCUUCCGCCUCAUUCGAAGACGAAGAACCCCUCCUCGACGAACUGGGCAUCCACCCGGACCAAAUCUGGCACAAAACGAGAUCCAUCCUCAAUCCUUUCCGGGUCAACCCUGCGGCCCAUAAAGACUCGGAUCUCUCCGGCCCGAUCUUCCUCUACUUGUCUUUCUGCUUAUUCCAGCUCCUCGGCGGCAAGAUCCAGUUCGGCAUAAUCCUGGGGUGGAUCGUGGUCUCCUCGAUUUUCCUCUACGUGGUUUUCAACAUGUUGGCGGGUCGCAACAACGGCAACCUAGAUCUGCACACGUGUACGAGCGUGGUUGGUUACUGUAUGUUGCCGGUGGUGAUAUUAUCGGCGGUGUCGCUUUUCAUGCCGCAGGGGAUUUGUGUGGUGAGGUACGCAACGGCGGGGGUAUUCGUGGUUUGGGCCACUAGGUCUUGCGCCAAUUUGAUGGUGGCCCUUGCUGAUGGGGUGGAAGAACACCGUGGGCUGAUCGCGUAUGCUUGUUUCUUGAUCUACGCAUUAUUUUCGCUUCUGGUCAUAUUUUAAUUCAAACUGAUAUCUAUAAGAAGAUAUUGUUUUUGAAAUUUGAUAUGAAGGAUUGCACACUCUUUGGUUUCUGAAUAUGAAGGACAUUUGGAUCAA